CCCGCAGCCCGGAAGCGAGGUUGGGGGGGCAGUGUGUGCGUUUCCGGUGACUCGGGGUGGCCGGUACCACUGCCGUUGGAGACGGAGCUAUAAGAUGUUCUACCACAUCUCCCUGGAGCACGAGAUCUUGCUGCACCCGCGCUACUUCGGCCCCAACCUGCUCAACACGGUGAAGCAGAAGCUGUUCACCGAGGUAGAGGGGACCUGCACGGGGAAGUACGGCUUUGUAAUUGCUGUCACCACUAUUGACAAUAUUGGUGCUGGUGUGAUCCAGCCAGGCCGAGGCUUUGUCCUUUACCCUGUUAAGUACAAGGCCAUUGUGUUCCGCCCCUUUAAAGGGGAGGUCGUGGAUGCUGUGGUCACUCAGGUCAACAAGGUCGGACUCUUCACAGAAAUUGGACCCAUGUCCUGCUUCAUCUCUCGACAUUCCAUCCCAUCAGAGAUGGAGUUUGAUCCUAACUCAAACCCACCGUGUUACAAGACAGUGGAUGAGGACAUUGUGAUUCAGCAGGAUGAUGAGAUCCGUUUGAAGAUUGUGGGAACCCGUGUGGACAAGAAUGACAUUUUUGCUAUUGGCUCCCUGAUGGAUGAUUACCUGGGACUUGUGAGCUGAGCACAGGGGCUUCCUACCUUGUUUGGUACUGAUUUAGGAGGCGUGACUGUCACACUUUCCGUGUUGUCCAGAGGCGCGGCUGGCUGCUGUGGGGAAAGCAAGGAAGGUUCCUUGUCCCCAGAGGACAUCUGGCUCUACUUCUGGCUUAGCUGCCACUCCCAGAGUUUUGACUUUGUUUUUGAACCAUAAAAGGUCCUUCAUUCUC